GAAGAUGAACAAAGGUCUUACGGGUUUGGAACGACAUGAGGGUGAGUAAUUAAUGACAGAAAUUUCAUUUUUGGGUGAAUUAACCCUUUAAAUCCAGUUUCUCUUUAUGUUUCUUGUGAUAUUCUCCUUUUCUACAGGCAGAACUUUUAAACUUUUGUUUAUUUUCAAGUUUAUGCAGUGCAACUGGUAAAAAUCCAGAAAUUAUAUGUAAUGCAGCAACAUGUUUUAGAUGUAUUUAUUUAUUUAAACAGCUGUAUUUAUUUUCUUGUAAUAUUGUUUAUUUAUUUUAUAUAUUAUAAUAUUUAUUUAAUUUAGCAGAUAUAUCUCUUAUAAUAUUAUACAACUGAAUUUAGCAUACCAUAUACUAAACUUUUCUAAAAUUUCCAUAUGAUCUAUCUAUCUAUCUUUCUAUCUAUCUUCUGAUUUCAAACUGUGGUAGAGCAGCGCCAUCUCAUGGACGGAAUCCACUACUUCAACGAGCCUCGCUGUAGUUGAAGAAUUCAAGGGCGGAAUCGAAUGUAUCCAAGUUUCCUUUUUCGACACUUUGUAAGCCACAUUCAGCGCGUCACUGCAGGUCAAAUUGACAAAAUUCCAUUCUAAAACAAACGUCCAGACUUCGACGACAGAACUUUUUAUCUACCCCUCCCCUCUAAACAGUUCAAACAAAACUUCCACUCCUGCUGUAACAUCGUCCAGUUUGAUGCGGACAUCUCUUGGAUUCUUUUCUCCCUAAAAAAAAAUCCCUGAUUCCCGGUCAGUCGUCUCCUGUCGGAUAAGCAAUACGAUCUGCUCCCCAACUCCAUUCUCUAUUUUUGUGCUUCCUUGUGCUGCCAAGCCCCUGACGUAAUGCUCCGUGUUAAUUAUUAGCAUGUGGGAAGCGAUGCCGAGACUCUCCUCUGCUGCUUAAACAAGAGCGACUGACUGCGGGGAGAAAAACCUCGUCAAGAUGGCCAAACACACUGACCCAGAGUGAAGGGGCACCGCUCCCCGUCCCGUCCAGUCCUGUCCUGUCCCGCGACCAGCACCAAUGCAACUGCGCCUUUAGAAAGAAGAUGUUCUCUGUGGAAAAUGCCAUCAAGACUAAAGCUGGACAGUCACUGUAUGCUGGAGGAAAGCUAAGGAAAGUUUUGUAAGCCAGAAAGUGGCCAGAGGGCAGGAGAGCUCUGACGAAUACCAUAUCAAAAGCUUCAAACAGGGAAUUCCUACCACCAAGCCUAACUCCAAAACCCAAGAACAAAGAUGCAAUAUGUUGGUACCUACUAGCAAAUAAAAUCUCAAAGAGCUAUUCUCUGUCAAACCUCAAGUGAGGGCGAAAGCAAGUGUGUUUUUGUAUGGUGAGUCUCCAUUAAGCUGCAAAGCAACGUCAUUGGGUUGUGGCCAUCUCUCUCUCCCCCUCUCAACGACCCUGAAGUCUUGGUACCGUGAGCCUGCCCACCAGAUCAUGAUGUUUCGUGACCAGGUGGGAGUCCUCGCUGGCUGGUUUAAGGGUUGGAACGAGUGUGAACAGACAGUGGCGUUACUGUCUCUCCUAAAGCGGGUCAGUCGGACCCAAGCACGCUUCCUUCAGCUCUGUCUGGAGCAUUCCUUGGCUGACUGCACCGAGCUGCAUGUUCUGGAAAGGGAGGCCAAUAAUCCAGUGGUGAUCAGUCAGUGGCAGAGUGAGCCGAAGGAACGAGUCAUCUCUCUGGUUCUGACCCACCUGCCUCUCCUAAAACCAGGCAACGUCGAGGCCAAGGUGGAGUACAUGAGUCUCCUGCCGAAGAUCUUGAGCCACACUAUCGAACAUGGCCGGCACUUGGAGGAAAGCAGGCAGCUUCUGUCCUACGCUCUCAUUCACCCUGCAACCUCCCUCGAGGACCGGGCGAACCUCGCCCUCUGGCUCAACCACCUGGAGGAGCGGGCGGCUGCCCGAGGAGCAGGAGACUCCCUUGAGCGUGUACCUUCAUCUCACCACGGGCAGCCUCCGCACCUCUACCCCCACCACCAGCGCUACGGGUCAGAUGACCGUCUCAAUGGCUGGCAGAGCUCGAGAGACUCUGGGCUCGGAAGUUGGCAGCAGCAGCAACAGGGCUGUGAAAACGGCCAUCUCUCACUGUACCCAUCAUCCUCUGUGCCCUCCACUAUCAACGCUGUAGGUACAGGCAGUGGGACCAACACAAUCCUGUCGGGUGGGCAGCACAGUCCUCUGAGGCGUUCUGUGUCUCUGACCCCUCCGAUGAGCGGCGGAUCUAACCAGCCUCUGGGGCACGGAUGGCUCUCCCAGGAGGACCUGCGUCCCCGCGGGCCAGCCCCCGACCACGCCCCCAUCUCUCCUCAGAGCAGUGUGGCGUCCUCGGGCAGCGGAGGCAGCGAGCACCUGGAGGAACACGCUGCGGUCCGAAGUACAUUCCAUGAGGAAGGCAGCGGAAUGAGGGAUGUGCCGGCAUGGCUGAAGAGUUUACGUCUCCAUAAGUACGCUGGGCUCUUCUCCACCAUGACAUAUGAUGAGAUGAUGUCACUGACGGAGCAGCAGCUGGAAGCUCAGCAAGUCACUAAAGGGGCACGGCACAAGAUCAUCAUCAGUAUUCAGAAGCUGAAAGACCGACAAAAUAUGCUGCGCUGUUUGGAGAAGGACAUUUUGGAGGGAGGGAAUCUACGUGCUCCUUUGCAGGAGCUCCACCAGAUCAUCCAGACGCCCAUUAAAACCUGCAGCACAGAGGAUUCAUCACAGCGCCACCUGCUGAGCGCAGAGGGGAAGAGCAGCAUCGCCAGCUCCCACCUGGGCGGAGGAGAGACGGAGGGCAGCUCCACGGUCAUAGCUGAGGGGGACAUCCCUGCUCAGUUUACUCGCGUCAUGGGCAAAGUUUGCACACAACUCCUCGUCCGGGUCGAUGAGGAGAACAUUAGUUCCUACCUACAGCUUAUUGAUAAGUGCCUAAUCCAUGAGGCCUUCACAGAGACACAGAAGAAGAGGUUGUUGUCAUGGAAACAGCAAGUGCAGGUGCAAUUCCGGUCAAUUUCACGAAAAACUCUACUGGACUUAACAGGACAGAGACGAAGCAGCCGUUACGGUCAGUCCAACUCCCUCCCAACCACGGGCUGUGUAGGCAGCGGCGUUCCCACCCGGAGAAACUUGCGGCAGUAUCAGAUGCGGAGUUUGCCUGGUGUAAGACCUGGCAUUUUGGGUACCACCGGCCUGUUUGGACCAACCCCCCGGAGCGGCAGCAGCACCCCUACCGGCCUGAAACAGGGCAGACAGGGUUUGUGGUUUGCUAACCCAGGGGGCAGUAACAGCAUGCCCAGCCGCACCCACAGCUCAGUUCAGAGGACUCGAUCACUACCCGUCCACACCAACCCACACACCAUGGCCAUGUUCCAGCAAACAGAUUUACAGUUGCCUGUGACUGAGCCAGACAUCAAUAACCGUUUGGAGUCUCUGUGUCUCAGCAUGACCGAACACGCUCUGGGAGAUGGCGUUGAUCGAACUUCAACCAUCUGAGAGAAAAGAAGAGGGGGCGCACAGGGAGACGGCAUGCCUGGCAGCAGGGGGAAAGGUCAUCAAGAGGUCACGAGCCCCUCUGUCUAUAAACUCCCCCCUCUCCAUCUGCUCACCUACCAAUGCAAUAGCCAAUAGGAGAGGUGGGGCGUGGUCUACACAGUGCCAUUCACACAAGCAAGUUCCGUCACCAUGACUACUUCAGUGUGUUUACAUUCGAUUUUGGGAGAAAAUCACAUCUUCAACACUUCCAUAGAAAAACGCAGCAAAGGGUCUUCGUGAAGGCAGGCCAUUAGAGGGGUCUGUAAAUCAACGGAGACAACUCGAAGCGUUCAGUUGGCUGUCUGGGACGUCACGAAAUCCAAACCAACCAGCAGACGAAAGCAGAUCAAGACAUGUAGUAACAGAUUAGAUUUCUGUACCUCUGUGCAGAUGCUAAAAAUAUUAUGUCACCGUAUGUUUACACAUAAUACUGUCAAGGAUAUCAGAACAGUAGUUGUUUUCAGGUGCGUUGUUAAAAUCCGAGGACGGUGUACAGCUUUAGGUUUCUAAGCGGCUUCAUAGUUUACAAUUGUGUUUGUAUUUACAGUUUUGUUGUUCUAGUUUUCUUUUGUGCCAGCAGGAAAAAGCUGAUUUACAACACUACAAAGACAGUCAGAGCUACGGAUGGUACUCAGAAGAAAGAGAGGGAACGUGAGAGGGCCGAUGGGAAAGGAAACAGGAAGUGAUGUGAGUGGAAGGGUCUGUGGAGGGAGCGGGGAAUUCUGACGUAAGGAACAGAGGUCGAGGGAGAUCAGGAGGUCAGAGGAGUGGAAUAUGGGAGAAAUGCCAGCAAAUGCAAGUAGAUGGAAAGGUUGAAAAGGAGCAGGUGAACGCGUAGGUCAGAGGUGCACAGGUCUGGGCAGAAUAUGCAGAAAUAUUAUAUUAUAUAAUAUAUAUAUAUAUAUAUAUAUUUUUUUUUAUUGCAAUAUAUUUUAUUUAUUUAUAUAUAAAAUAAAUAUAAUAUAAAUAAAAUAUAUUUCAAUUUAAAUAAAUAAAUAUAUAUAUUUUAUUUUAUUGCAAUAUAUUUUAUUUAUAUUAUAUAUAAAAUAAAUAUAAUAUAAAUAAAAUAUAUUUCAAUUUAAAAUAUUUUUUUAUUGAAAUAUAUUUUAUUUAUAUUAUAUUUAUUUUAUAUAUCAAAAUAUAUAAAAUAAAUAUAAUAUAAAUAAAAUAUAUUUCAAUUACAAAAUAAUAUAUAUACAUUUUAUGGGUGGCUUAAAGCAUACUGUGGGAAUUUCCAGAGUUUUCUACAGAUUCUGUCUGGGCCUAGAGAUAUAUUAAAAUGUUUUACAGAUCAUUUUUAUGCAUUGAAUUUUUUUUAUCUGUAAAUGCACAGCCAUAGAGAUGUUCGUGUAGCGUUUUUGGGAAGGAGUCGUAUGGACGUUUUUAGCUUGUGUCUGUGAAUUUGGGAUAUCACAUGUGUGGUACACUAUGUCAGCAGGACAUAGACUGUUGGAGCAACAGGGAGAGAUAUACAUAACAUUGAAAUGGAUAAGGAAAUAACACUAAUGCAACAGUUAUUAGUACAGAGCGCCGCCUUGUGGUGAAACUGUGCAAUAGUUACCAAUAAAUGAGGCUAGUCUUUUUUUUUACAGUAUUGUCUUAAUAUCAGCCAUUAGUUAAUCAUGCCAGGUAUAAAAGGUAGAAAGUUUACAAUAAGAAAUGAGCUUUUAGUUUUGGACUCUUACAAGUGAAGAUCUGAUUUUCUGCAUGAGAAGGGUCUGAGAGGGUCUUUUUUUUUUUUUGCUUUAACUGUUGUAAUCCGGGACAUUAAAGUCCCUUUAUGAGGGUGUUCAGUGAUUGGUAAUGUAUCUUAUUUAGAGUUUCUCCUAUAAUAACUUUGCUUUUCGUGCCCUUGGUGCUGUGAAUCCUUGCUGAAACCAUCAAAAGUGAAUUUGCAAUAACGUGCAAUAGACUCUCAUCAGCAACACGGUGUGAAUCAAGGGCAGAGGGGGGUGGGGGGUGUCUCUGAAAGAGGAACUGGACUAGCAAACUUUGCCCCCCCAAAUCCCCCACAAUUCCCACACCACAGGACUGUUGUACCCUGUAGUCCUCGUGUUGCCGGCCUGCAACUUGAUGCACCUACCCACACCUCAAGUGUUUUAUGCUUUUCGGCUCAUCCAAAGAAACAGGUCAUGACAGUAAACAGACAGUAAAAAGGCACUUUCACAUCCAUUGAGUGGCGACCGACACGGUUAAAGCUGCCUAAAAGAAAGAAUGUUGACUAUGCAGUGUGUGUCAGCUUCGUAAACGAGUUGGUGCCUCCAAACUAGUGCAUGAAAUGCCUUAAACAAAAUGGUAGCCGGUGUUUUACAAAGCAUGUUAGCAAACCAUCACGUGGCAUCUUGUUUAUAGAGGUGCGUUUGUUUGUGUAUUAAGCCACUCAUCACUGCCAUUUGAAACCAAUUAGCAGAUUCAAAUGAUUAUUUAUUCUUUUCUAUUAUUGAUGCAGAGGUUAUUGUAUUCAUUAGAUGUAUUAUUUAAGAUACCUUGUGUAUUAACUUUUGCUAUGGCUGGUAACCAUAAGUACAUCUCAAAUAAUAACCUAGUUAUUUUUUUUUGACGUAUUGUUUUCCCAAUUUGCGUUCUUUAUCAAAAACAAAAAAAAAACACAAAAAAAAAACAUACCUGAUAGUCAAAAGACAUGUCAGGCUUUUUUUUUUUUUUUUUUUUAAUAUUUGUUUUCUUUUCUUGUGAGUAUCUCUAAAUGCUUCUGUUUUGCUAACCCUCCCCGGAUGGUGUAUUUUAAGGAAAGUGUUUUUUAUAUAUGUUGUCACAUGUCGUAAACAAAGAGCCAGUUUUUUUCUUUCUUUCUUUCUUUCUUGAAAAUAAUUUGGAAUUUUUUUUCGCGGGUUUGCAAUUUUUCGCUGUUAUUCUGUUGUGAUUUUCACCUCAGCUGUUACGGUGUUUAAAAAUGCGUAGCGUCAUUGCGUAGUUCUACGAAGAAUGCUGCUCGCUCGCGAUUGGAUAGCGAAGUAUGACGCGAAUUCUACUACACGCGACGAGCCAAGCGAAAUUACAGAUGCUGUAACAGUGUUAAAACAUUUACAUGCUACCUUGGUAUUCCGUUAUUUACGAAGCCUUUAUCGUUUGUUUUGGGCGCGUUAGCAUAUCUGAUGCUGAUUUUUAUUUUUGUAUUAUUGUUUUUGCUUUACUACGCUCUUUGUUUUUUCCGUUGUUUAUUCUGUUUUCGUUUUGUUAUUUCAAGAGCCGAUGUCCUGUAUUGACUGCAGGCUGACGUACAUAUGCGUAUAUAUAUAAAAUAUAUAUUUUAAAAGAAUCUUAUGUUUAUGUUUAAGAUAAAACCAAAUAAAAAAGCGCGAAAAAUAAAACAAACAAAAAAACGAGCAAAAAAAUGUAAUUUAUAUUUUAGAGAUGCAUGCAAGAGGCUGGGAAGUCAUAUCUAGAAUAACAAAUGGCAGUGCCUUUUUUAUUUGUAUUCAGACAUUUACCCCAAAAUGUAAAUGAUUUUAUAUGGCUCUAAAAUAUAGAGAUAAGCCAGACGCAUUGAUGGUCGACACUUCAAAUCAUACAAAGUCCAAACGAGCUGAUUCUGAUGCGUUUGCUCCCGUUUCCAUGAGGCUCGGAAGGAGCGUGCUGGAAGUUCAUGGGAAUCUGUAUGCUUUAGGUACUUCAGUGCUGUUAUGAAGUUAUGAUUUAUAUCUGUCUGUACAACACGCAGAUGUGUAUAUAUUUUUGUUUGUACUUGUGCGAGUGUGACACUGUGUAUCCAGGUGAGAAACCGGAUUGUCUUGUAAUUUUUGUACAUACCCUCUUAGAAAAUGUUGCGUCAUAAGAUGGAUAACUUCAUCGGAGGAUGAUAUUGUUCCACUUACCUGUGAGGCGUGAGUUGCGUCUCUCUGCUCAUGUUAGCGCAGAUUUUAAACACCUUUACUGAAGUAAACAUGACUUCAGUCAAUAAAAAGAGGGAAUUCUGUAAUAUCUUUCCCUCUUUGGUUCGUGGCCUUGUGUGUUUGUGUGUUAAUGGGAGAUUAUAGCCUACUGUUUGUGUGUAUGUGUCCGUGAUGUUCUGUCCGCCAACUGAAUGUGUAUCAUUUGGGUCUGUGUUAAAUGCUUGACAUCUUUGUAAUAACCACAGACGAAAAGUAUUAAAGAGUAACUUUUGAAAAGGA